CACACAUAAAUCCAACAGCAGCACCCAAAAAAGAAUUGUAAUCGGUGCGUCUCGCAGCUUCCAGCAACAACGCCUGAUUAAAGAAAAGCAACAGGCAAAUCCCCACCGAGACGCACUGCGUUACCCUUAUCCACAGAAUAUCUCCAUUCUUCCGCCUCCAUCUUCUUCUCCUGCCACCGCAUGGAUGCGGCCUCCUCCGCUCUCCCACGGCCAGAUCCGCCAGUGCCCUGCCGCCGGCAACCAGAACCAGCAGGACCGUCGCGUCCAUCUCCUCUGUUUCCUUCCCAUCCUUCUCCUUUCCUCUGUCUUUCUCACCCUCACACAUCUUCUCUCUCUCUUCAGGAGCUCCCCCUGCCGCCUGGAGCUCAAGCCGCCAGCCGUCCAAGGCCUCCCCAGGAACAGAUACGCGACCACGUGCCUCAUCCUCGCACAUGCCAGGCCGCGCCACCGGAGCCCCGCCCGCAGAGGCAGUGCUCCGCCGCCCGCUGCUGUUCUUCGCGUCGCCCCGCGCUCCCGCCGCUGUGAACCGGCUCCCCGCCGCAAGUCCUCGGCAUCGCCAUCCCGCGCUGCCUGCAGUCGCGCCAAGCCUGACUCGCAACCGUGGAGCCCGAGCCGUCAAGCGCUUCAAAUCCGCCACCGCCCCAUCUUCUUCAGGCGCUCGAGCACGAGCAUGAGCUCGCCAGCACCCCACCUCUCUCUUCCGCUCCGUCCGCCGCCCGCGGCGCCGGGACCCAUCGCUGCCGCGCCGCCUCCGUCGGUGCAGUCAACGGUCCCAUGCCAUUGACCCCCGCCAGGGGAUGACUAUUCCCUACCAUGCGUGCGCACCCGUGCUCCAGCCCUCCCCUCCCCAUCGUGUCCGGCCUGUGCCUGGACAACGGAAACCCCCGCUGUCCGUGCGCUCCGGCCAGCUCCCCGUCGCGCCCGAGACCUCCUAGAGUCUUCCUGUCGAGGCCUUCGUUGCGACCAGCAUUUCACAUGGGUCUCCUGCCCGCCUUAGCGCGGACGCCCGCCGCGACGCCGGCGGCAAGCGGCGGCGCAUGCCCAGCGAUGGAGAACGGCAGGAUAAGCGGCGAGACGCGUGGUGCUGAGCCAGUCAAUAAGGAAUAAGGGCUGUGGGCAUAGUUUCUAACAAAUUUAGGGGGUUUUACGCAAAAACGAAACGUUUUUCCAAAGUGCCACUUAAACAGGGACUACAGGUUAAUUUCAAAGAAACAGAGGGGCUUUUUCACAAAAACGCCGACGACGUACGA